GCUCACCAAAAACAUCUGGCUACUCUCAGCUACUUUCAACAUAUUCGUGCUCGUAAAUCAUUGCAGCGGCCCUAAACAAUACAACCCCUUACCUCGUCCCCAGUUUACUCUUUCAUGAUCAACAUGUGCGCAUUUUUUGUAAUGCAGCUGCGCUAGCGCCGUCUUAUUUUUCAAAAUCCUUACCGUUACCCGAUUAUCUUCGCAUUCGCAUUUGUUACGUCCUCAUAACCAGAACUUGAAGUACUACCGUUGGUCCCCAUAGACACAAAGAAUAAAAAAUCGAAGAUGUUUCUCCGUCGUCUCUUUAGUAAGCUGGGGGGGGACAAGAGCAAACCCCCACCAGCUGAAGACGAGGAUUCCGACGUUGAGGAAGCUGCAGGACCACAAGAUAACCACCAGCAGCUUUCGAUUUCUCUCCCGUCUGAACAACAAACCCCAAGCGACGUUCAACCAUCUUCACCGAACUCGCAGUCCAGAGCGAUUGUGACUGCCAGUUCCCCCUCCGCCAUGUCCGUGCCCCAAAGCUACCUCCAGCAACUGCAAUCUCCACAGCGCUCCAACAGCAUGAAGGGGAAUCUGGUCAUCACCCAGCACGACGAAGACUUAGAUUCCGACGACCGAGAAUUCAAACGGUUGUCCCAACGGAAGAGAAACAAGGUCGACCACAAGGGCCGGCCAGUUUUGUACUCCGAUGUCCGCAGGUUCACGGAAUACCGGCUCCACGACCGCGUUUCGGUUUUCAAGCGGCUCCAGCAAGCGAAAGCAGAGAAUCUCUACAGUCGGGACAUCGGGGGGAAUGAUGAUAUGUACGUGCCGAAAUUGCACCGAAUGCACAGUCAGAUCGUGCUAUCCACAGUAAAUUUCCCGUACACGUAGACGUACAAAUGGAAAUGCUGUCUCUGCAUGACAAAACUUGGCUCCGAUCCUAGUUUAGCAUGACAAGUGCUACACGCCGAAUUGGCGAAAUUUGUGAUGCACUUUGUACAUGUACGGGAAAUUUGUAUUGCAUACGUGCACGGGAAGUGGGUGCCGGGGAUCAUCAUCGAGGAAACGGAUGGGAAUAUCCGGAUAAAACUCGGUCGGACUGGGAAAAACGACACCCGAUGGAUGCCGAGAAACUCCGCGAAUAUUCUCCCGAAGAAGCUGUUUAUCGAGAAAUUAUUCGAUAAAGAGAUGAAAAAACUGAAAAAGGGAAAGUACUCUGCUGAAGCGGCAGAAGAAGCUUUACAGCGCAUGUCCUACGCGGAACGGCUGAUGCAGUCACAGCAAGUCACCGGCCGCUCCGGCACGAAAGAGUCAGUUUUGACGUUCACGGCGAACAAACAAAACGCCGCAGAGAUGAAAGAUGAGAUGAGGAGAUCGCUGUUGAAUUCCAGCGACGGCUACGGUUUCCACGCCCAGCACCUGCAGCAAAUAACCGACUUGUUUGGGGAAAAGCUCUGGUAUGCGGAGGAUUAUGUGGAGAAAAUUAAGCCCGGGGAUAUGUCUGAGGACGAGGAGGAUGAGGAAGAGGAUGGUGGUCGUGCACUAGCGGAACAAAAGCCCGACGGGAGUGCAGCGGGCACGGGGAGUGGAGAUAUGCCCGGGACUGGGUCCGGGAAGCCAGGGACAGGGACGAGUGGAAAGCCAGGCACAGGAUCCGGGAGUAGUCCGAGUAACAAAGACCAGGCGAAAUCGAAAAGCACAGGUCUUGCGAUUAAAGACAAAAGUCCAGAAAAGAACUUCCAACUCGCCAACCUCCACGGGUUCGACCGACCAAAAGAUGUUGAUGGCGACCUCAGCUCCUACAACUCCGACGAGGAGCAAACCAUCUAUGGCGCUCUCAACUGUUACAUUCUCAACUGUUACAUGAAUUUGUGAUGCAAGAAUAGAACAGGUGAGACGGAGAACCAUGCGCGUCUUGCAUUACAGGUUUGAUCCGGAUUGCAGUGCUAUUUAGCCUUCCGAGAAUUUGUCAUGCGAAGCAGCUUGAUCGUCUGGCGGGUCAUGGUCAUUUUGCAUGACAAAUCAUGUAACAGUUGAGAAUGUAACGGUUGAGAACCCCAUACCGUCCAUUCCAACGGUUUGAUUGUCGGGGACAUGCAGUCUUUUUUCGUAAAAGUGUAUCAAAGUGAAAAAUGAAGCCCUCCCAAUAUUGAAACGGAAAUUUCUGUUGCUGGAUUUGUGUACACAAAUCACCGCUGUAUUGCAGCAAGCGCUUGCAGGCAUUUCCUAGGACUGGUUAGGUAUGCAAAAGGCUAGCACUCAGGCAUGACAAACAGCUUUGCAGUAGGCAAAAGCGCAUGACAGAUUAGCUGUGGAACGAAUGCGCCACACGGCUCCACUUGCCUCAUAUGCAAGACAAAGCUGAUCUGUGGCCACAAAUCAGCAUCACAAAUUUCAUUGUGAGCAUGGGAAGGAGGGAUUUUUCCUUACGAUAAAGUGAAAUGCACGUUUUCCGGGAACAUGGAUGAAUUAGCAACGCAUGUGCAAGAAUUCCGGAAAAUGAUCCGGAACCGGGAGCGGGAAGAGCAGGCGAACCGGGAAUCCACGGUCCGCCAGGGCCGGGUGAAAUUUCGGAAGUUGAAGAAAUUUCUCUUCCCCGAACCUCCGCCGCCGAGACGAGAGCCGCCGAAAAUUGUGUUCGUCGAGGAUUUGGUAGCCGAUGUGUCGAUAUGCAUUGCAAAAUUGUCGUACUCGUAUUGCAGUCAUGCAUUACAAAUCUUGUUCUUUAGGUAGAUCCGCAUUACAAACUUUAUUUCCCAUGCUGAGGAAAUUUGUAUAUGCAUUUAAAUACGAGUACGAUGCUUUUGCAGUUCAUAGUCGAAGAAGGAGAAUAAGCACGGCGGGUGGAUAAAGCUGUUGACGAAUUACUCCACGGCAGACCCGUACGAAACGUUUAUGAUCCGGCAGCCGGAAAAGAUCAAUGGGGUGGUGAGAGAUGAAUUCGCGAUCGCGAAUGUCAUGAUGAAAAACGCCGGAUUGAAGAUGUCGAAUUCUAGGCCGGUCACGCCGAAAAUGAAGGUCGUGAAAAGGAAAAGUAGUCGGGACAACAUUUUGGAAGAGUCGCAUGGCGUUCUUGGGGCGAUAGAAAACGGGGAAAACAACUUGGCGCCGGUGGCGACAGAGGGUAGUACCGGAGGUGAACAGGUUCCAUCUAUCAAAUGUAAAAAUGUCUGGGUCUGGAAGAAUCCAACUUGUCAUGCUGGUUUUGGAUUCCAAAAAAAAUUGUAUUGCAUGAGCAGCAAAGAGAGUCCAAGUUUUGCUACACGGAGAGAGCAUUUGCCAUGCGGUAUAGGCAUCAGGAAGCCCUCACAAAAUCUGUGAUGCUAGAGCAUGCAUCACAGACAUUAGGAGUCAUGCAAAAUGUGCAUGACAUCUUCCAGACCCAGGCAUUUUUACAUUUGAUGCCAUCCCCUGGUGAGCAACAACCACCUGGCGCAGAAGGCAGUGCGGACCAGCCUACUGCGGCUGGAGAAGAGCCAGCGACUGCACCGCAAGAGGGUGAAGCAGCGCAAAAGCAGGAGGGCGAAGGUGGGGAGGAACAAAAUAAACCUCCGGCUGAGGGAGAAGUCAAACCGGAGGGAGAGCAAGUUCCUCCCGUAGAGGGAACUGAGCCAGCUGCUGCUGCUGCAACCGGUGAUGGCGAGCAAAAACCAGUGACUCCGCCUGCAGCAGGCACAGCAGCGGCCGAGGGCGAGCAAGCAAAGCCAGAGGGUGACGGUGCCGCAGGAGCGGAAGGCGGCGAUAGUCAAUCACCAGCACCUGCAGGUGAAGGAGAACAGCCUGACACUGCAGCUGCGGAAGGCGAAGCAACAUCGCCUGCCGCUGCGACUGCAGGCGAGCAACCUGCUCCCACGACUAUGAAUUGCAAAAGCAUUGUACUAGUAAGUAUGAAUUGCAUUACAAAUCUCCUCAGCAUUAGAAAUGGAAUCUGUAAUGCUGAUUGACCUUGGGAAAAAGAUUUGUAAUGCACAACUGCAAUUACGAUACUUUUGGUUUUGCACUGGAUAACGACCGAGGAUCAGCAACCUCCCGAAGACGACGAGUUCGCUCGAUUAGUCGCGGAGGAGGAGGAGGAGGACGAAAUGGAUUUCGACGACGAAAUCGCGAAGAACAUCAAGCGGUUGGCGGCAGAGCAGGAGUUAAAAAAGCAGGAAGCGGCGGCGAAGGAGGCGGAGAAGCAGCGAAAAUUGGCCAUGGAGGGCAUGGAAAACGAGAUCAACGGGAUUUAUUACUUCUGUCUCGUGACCGGAGAAGCAAGCUGGAUUCGGCCGAAAAAGUUCAACGACGUGCGCAUUGUCCAGUUCACGAAGCGGUUUAUUUGGGCGCUGCAGAAUCCAGAAACGACGGAAGAAGUUUUCCGUUUGCGAACGUCGAUCCGGGAAAAAGCCAUGCCGCUGGACAUCCGCCACGCAGAGACAAUAUCAAAUGUAAAAUGUCUGGGUCUGGAAGGGUUGGAACUUGUGAUGCAAACUUUGGAACACACAGAAAUUUGUGUUGCAUGAGCGCCAAAAGCUGUCCAUUUCUUGGCACGCAAGUAGGAAGUUUCUCAUGCGGGACAGGCAUCAUGAGGCGUGAUCAAAACCUGUGAUGCUUUCGCCUGCAUCAGACGCCACUUGCGUGAUCCGAAAUAUGCAUGACAAAUCUCAGAAUCUUCCAGAGGACCCAGACACUUUUACAUUUGAUAGACAACCGAUAUCAUCCAGCGCCUCUACGCCGGGCACUGCCCGAUCGAUAUUCCGACUGGCGGAAAGUUGACGGUCGUCGGCGAUGUGGAGGAGGGUGCGAAGUUGUUCGGUAUGCCCUUAGACAAUUUGACGCAGAGGGCAGAAGCGUAUGAGAAAAAACUUUCGCAGCAGAACAAAUUCGGAACUACGAUAGGUGCCAGGACGAUGGGAGCUAGUACUUCUACAACCGCUGUUGGCUUCAAACCUUACGGGGGUGUCAGGAUUGAAAUCGUCAAAGUCGAAAUGAUUUGUCAUGCAUAAAAUGCGAUACAAAAAGCGAGUCUAUUGCAGAGGACGCACGGGAGGUAGAGACUAUAGUCCUGCGGUAAGGGUCAAAAGUUGAACGGCUGACUGGCAUGACAGAAGGCAGCUCUUUUGCCCUAAACCGCAUGACAGACUCGCUUCCAGGACCGGGAAAAUUUGUCAUGCACCGACUACAAACUGUAGCUCUAACUGGUAUCCGUUUUAUGCAUGACAAACUAUUUCAACUUUGACAAUUUCAAACCUGGCACUUCCAUAAACCUCCAGGCGAAACUACAUCAGAAGAGCAGAUCACCUACAGACACAGAUCGGUGAACGAAUUGUCCCGGAUGGUAUGAACUGCAAGAGCAUCGUACUAAGUAGUGAUUGCAAUACAAAUUGCCUCAGCAUUAGACAUGGCAUUUGUAAUGCGGAUUUACCUUUAGCAUUUCCAUUUGGAUUUGUGAUGCAUAACUGCAAUUAGUACGAGCAGUGCGAUGCUUUUGCAUUGCAUAGAUGGUCAAGACGAACGAUUUUCACGGGAUGAAAAUGGAGCCGCACCAGUGGGUCCAGUCGACAAUCCGCGAGGAAACUAUGGAUGUGUCAGAGUUGAAAUCGACAAAGUUGCAAUGAUUUGUCAUGCAUAAAAUGGAUGCUAGUUGGAGCCCAGCUUUCAAGUGGCGCAUGACAAAUUUCGGCGGUCCCUAAAUCCAGUUUGUCAUGCUGUUUAGGCAAAGAAGAGCGAUUUUCUCGCGCUACUUUAGCAGCUCAAGCUGUCACCCCAAACAGGCCUACAGUCGGCCUCACUUGCCUGCUCUGCAACACACGCGCCUCGGGUCAUGCAUUUUAUGCAUUACAAAUUAUUUCAACUUUGACGAUUUCAAACCUGACGCUUCCAUAGAAACCCGGACGACGAAGAUCAUCUCCUUUCAAACGAGUUUGAUGAGCAAAACCAUGCCAAACAAGAUGUUUUCAUCGCAUGACAGAUCUUCAAAAUCAGGCUCGGACCAAAACCUCUCUUCCAUCCCAAUCUACGGAAGGGGCCACAACCUCCGCAUGCUGAACGCGAGCCAAAUCCCCGAUCACAACAGCUCGCUAUGCAGUGCAAAAGUAUCGUGCUUGUAGUAAAAAUCGCAGUCAUGGUGCAUUAGCAUUACAAAUCUCCAUCUCAAGGUAAAUCAGCAUGACAAAUUUCAUUUCUCAUGCUGAGCUAAUUUAUCAUGCGACUUAUACUAGUUGACGAUGCUUUUGCAAUGCAUACUAUCGCACGGUGAACAAAUUCGAUUUCCGGAUUGAUACGGAUAUGAAGAAACAACAAAAGGAGUUGAUGGCGAAGAACCCAGAACGGCCGCAGAGAAUAGUGUACGAAACGAUGGAGGAUGGAACCAUUCGCAGAAAGCCUUUCGGCGAAGCGCCGUUGAAGAAAUUUUUGAAAUCGCAGACGAAGCACUUGCACAGAUCUCUGUCCACGAUUGGAGACGAAGACCAUUUAGGGGCGACGUUGGAACAAUCCAUGCUGAUGGGGAGCAAGGAUGAGUUAUUCCCGGGGGACGAGGAAUUGAACAAUUUGCUGAAUUCGUCGAUGUAUCAAAUGUAAAAGUGUCUGGGGCUGGAAGAAUGCAACUUGUCAUGCUGCAUUUGGAUUCCAGAAAAAUCUGUAUUGCAUGAGUACCACAAGGAAUGCAAUUUUUGCUACGCGGAGAGGGCGUUUGUCAUGCGGAAUAGGCAUCAAGAAGCUCUGAAAAAAUCUGUGAUGCUAGGGCGUGCAUCACAGACAUCAGGGCCCAUGCAAAACGUGCAUGACAAGUGUCACAAUGUUCAAGACCCAGACACUUUUACAGUUGAUACGACGAAUUUAUCCAAACAGUCCUUCUUCUCCCAAAAAUCGCGGGAUUCUCUAUCUCCCUCCCAGAAGUCCGCCGGUGUGAUUUCCAAUUUGGAAAAAAUGCGGGGGGCAAGCUCGGAUGAGGGCGGGGUGAGUGAUCCGUUCGGCAUGUCCGGGUUGAUGAACUUCGGGAAUGAGACGACAGAAAUGAACGACAAGAUGUAUCAAAAAAUCGCGGAGGCGGAGCGGGUCGCGAGGGAGAAGCAAAAACAGAAACAGCUAGAAGAGGAGAACAAGAUGAACCAAACAGCAUCGUCCGGUUUCGGCAAGUUCAUUUCGAAAAGAAGGCAGUCGCGGUCCAAAUCCGUAAGCAGAUUAGGGUCGGAAGAAGGCGGCGAAUUAUUCGACAGCGCUUUGUUGGACAGCCAAGAGUUGUUCGACGACGAGGAUAAUGAUAAAACCUUCCUCUUCACAUCGAAAGACGACAUGGAGGCCUGUAACCUUCACGACAGACUCUACAUCCGGGGCGACAAAUUUUCGAAGCCGACGGGUGAGAUAUCAAAUGCAAAAAUGUCUGGGUCUGGAAGGAUGCAAGGUUUGUCAUGCUUGUCUGGCAUGACUGAAGAGCUUGUGAUGCGUGUCCAAGAAGAUACCGCUUUGCUUGUCAUGCAAAACGCAGUUUGUCAUGCGGAAAGCGCAAGACUAAGCCGCGCAAAUUUUUCUCAUGCUUGGCUGCGCAUUACAAAGAAUUGGAAUUCACUAUUCACAACUCAGCAUUACAAGUUUCCAGACCCAGACAUAUUUGCAUUGGACAUGAGACGACAAAAACGGAUUUCUCCUACAAAAAAGUCGUGCGAAACUGGGGCUAUAUGGACGUUAUGCAUUGCAAAAGUAUCGUAGUACUAGUAUGAAUUGCAUUUUUACAAAUUAGCUCAGCAUCACAAAUGCUAAUGCAAUUUGUAAUGCUGUUUUGCCUUAGGAAAAAGAUUUGUCUAUGCAUAUGUUGCAAUUACUACGAGUACGAUGCUUUUGCAGAGCAUAGAUAUGAAGGAACAGGCGGAACUACCGCAUUUCAAAGCGGGUUUGAAACAGAUGACGGGGGUGAAGGAGGACGACCGGGUCCCGAUCCAAUCCUGGACGAAAACGUACGGGUUUCAGCGGAUUGGGAGAGCAGUGACAGGGCAGCCACAGUUUCCCUUCAUCAUGACGGAUUUGACGAGGAAUCAGAGGUCAAAAGUGCUGUAUCCGAGGUGUAAUAGAUAGAGGAAAGAAGUAGUUGUAUACUUUUGGUUUUAGAUUCCGAUUUGAUCAUGUGGAUCGAAAACUACGAUUACCAUUACCUCAACCCUAUUUACACGUAUCGAAGGGUCCGCUGCAUCCACCACUUUGAUUUGCAUGCAUGAUCUUGUUCUGAAACAGAAUCAUUCCACCAAGCUACACGAGAUACACGACGCAAAUUGAUAUUCAUCUUUUUACGGCAACGAAUAUUAUCGGUGUUGAUUCGAAAAUGAAAACCUCCAGAUCGUGUCCGAUUUUGGGCCUGUAGUUUCUCGGUGUGCUUGAAAUGAUGUUUUUCCACCGACGACGAGUGUUCCCUCGAAAAUUUGAAGUAGAGCAGCUCAGAAAUGAAUUUCGAAGUCGAGUUAUCAGAACAUCAAAACACAUAGCACCAGCAUUGUUCCUGCCCUGCAAUGACAACGAGGACGAAAAAUGAACCCUACUUCUGUGCUCUGUUCUUUGUUUUUGCAGGCUACUUCCGAGUCUUGGUCUCUUCGGUGCUACGCUCG